CCCUCUCAGGCUGACUGGCACUAGGAGACCACAUAUAAGAGCCAGAUAACAGCACAGAUGCUCCUUCUUCCCAUAAGCAGGAAAUCCACCCGAACCGGUCCGGUUAAACAGCACCGCAGGAGUCAUGGCUCAAACUUUGGACAUUGAUCACUUGAACCUGGAGUGUGAGUUCAACAACGUUGACCAUCGCACGGAACUCAAUGGAGUGGAUCGACUCAUCGUGAGGAGAGGACAGCCCUUUACCAUCAGCGUAUAUCUUCGGUCUGGAAGCUACCAGCCUGGGGUCAGCUCACUGGACUGCGUGGCAGAAACAGGUCCUCAGCCCUCUGAGCAGUAUGGCACCAAGGCCUCCUUUGCUCUGUCUGCUAACAUCGACACCUCCUGCUGGAGUGCCUCUGUCACCGGUCCCCCAGGAGAUAUGGUGGUCCUGUCCAUCUGCUCUUCUCCCAACGCUCCGAUUGGUCGCUACACGCUCACCCUGGGGCGGUCAGUUAGGACUGAGUUCAUCCUGCUCUUUAACCCCUGGUGUCCAGGGGAUGCCGUAUAUAUGGAUAAUGAACAAAGUCUGGCAGAGUACAUCUUGGCUCAGGAUGGAAUCAUAUUUCGAGGCAGCUACAAACAUCCCAUUCCCACUGCUUGGAACUUUGGCCAGUUUGAACAUGGAAUCCUGGAUAUUUGUCUGAGAAUUCUGGAUAUGAAUCCCAAAUGUCUGCGCAAUCCUGGCAAAGACUAUUCCGGGAGAAGAAAUGCGGUCUAUGUGUCCCGAGUGCUGAGUGCUAUGGUGAACUGUAAUGAUGACAAAGGCGUGCUGCUGGGAAGAUGGACCACUGACUAUGAAGGAGGCGUGAGUCCAUUGUAUUGGCGGGGAAGUGUGGAGAUUCUGCGCAACUGGGACCAACAAGCCUGUCAGCCUGUUCGCUAUGGACAGUGCUGGGUGUUUGCUGCAGUCGCCUGCACGGUUUCCAGAGCCCUUGGCAUCCCCUGCCGAAUUGUAACCAACUACUUGUCUGCCCACGACACCAACAACAACCUGGUGAUCGAACGCUACGUUAAUGAAGAGGGGGAGCUCAUGAAGUCCAAAGAAAUGAUCUGGAAUUAUCACUGCUGGGUGGAGAGCUGGAUGACCAGACCUGAUCUCAAACCUGACUUCAAUGGCUGGCAGGCCAGUGACCCAACACCUCAGGAGAAGAGUGAAGACGUCUAUUGCUGCGGCCCCAUUCCCGUCAAGGCCAUCAAAGAAGGCGAGCUCACCUUCAAAUAUGACGCCUCCUUUGUAUUUGCUGAGGUCAACGCUGAUGUUCUCACAUACAUGAAGAAAAAAGAUGGCAGCACUUCCAAUGUCACUUCUGCUACAUUGGUGGGCCAGAAGAUAAGCACCAAGAGUGUUGGCAGUGAUGCCAGAGAGGACAUCACUCAUAUCUACAAGUACCCCGAAGGAUCGGAUGAAGAGCGGGAAGCUUUCAAGAGGGCCGAUCACCAAAACAAGCUGCUCCACCAGAAGGAGGAUCUGGGCCUGCUCCUCUCCAUCAAAGUCACAUCAGACAUGAAGAAAGGCUGUGACUUUGACGUGUUUGCUGUUGUUACCAACAACACAGAACAUGAGAAGCAUUGUCGCCUGGUGUUUGGAUCCUGUGCCAUGUCCUACAGUGGAGUUCUGGGAGGGAACUGCGGCUUUAAAGACCUCCUUAAUGUUCGGCUCUCCCCAGGAGCAGAGAGACGAGUUCCGUUGACGCUGAAUUACUCCAAAUAUGGUGGCCAACUCACAGAGGACAGCUUAAUCCGUCUGGCAGCUCUGCUGCUGGACUACUCUACCGGAGAGGCUAAACUCGCUGUGAGGAACAUUGUUCUGGAUGAUCCACAAAUCAAAGUCAGAAUCCUAGGUGAACCGAAAGAGAACCGGAAGCUGGCUGCAGAGAUUACCCUCCAGAACCCUCUACCUGAGCCCCUGGAGGACUGCUGCUUCAGCAUCGAGGGCUCCAACCUGACCGGGGGACGUGUCAUCACUGAGAGGCUGGGCUGCACGGUGGGACCCGGGGAGGAGGCCAAGGUUAAAAUCUACUUCACUCCCACUCACUCAGGGCUCAGAAAACUGGUGGUGGACUUCGACAGCAACAAGCUGUGUCACGUUAAGGGCUACAGAAACGUGAUCAUCGGAAAAUAAAAAGCUGACUUUCUAUUAAAGGAAAGGGUUUAUUUUAUGAUUGUAGUGUUCCAACUAUGUAAAACCAUGAAAAUGUGUUUCCUUUUGCAUUUUUAUUCAAUUAUCUUUUUUGUCUUUAAUCAUUCUGUUAAUAUUGCUGAUUUUGUUGAAUAUCCCAAAACAUUUUAACACGGCUGAAGGCUUAUCCAUCACUUUUAAACUUCAAAUGUACUUUCUUCUGAAAGGAGGGCCACAAUAAAAUAUUUUUUACAAGUUAAACUCAUUUCCCCCUCCCCAAAUAGAUCCAAAUAAAGGUUGAAAUGCAAACA